CCGGUCCCACCCACAUUCUCGUGUCUCUUCCGGGUGACACAACCACACAGACUUUAUUAUCCAGUGAGCCGUCGAGAUCUGAACGCUGUAAACAAAAGUUACUCCAGGGCUAAACUCUCCCGACACGCUACACGAAAAGACAUGCAUAUUAAAACAGGUACAUGGGAAGCCAGCAACCCUGUGUGUGAGUCCGACACUCUGUGCGAUCCAGCUGUCCUCGUUGCAUCCACAAACUCAGAGCCUCACAUUCGCAACCGUCGCCUGUCACCUGGCUCUGGGAACUGUGGUGGGGGAGGAGGAAGCUGCAUCUCUGGGGGAGGAGGAGACCAACCUCAACCCCGGAGCAUUUUACCCGAAGGCGAGCUGAUCCGCCACGUGCACACCUUUAGCAGCAGAGACAAAGAGCGCAAGCACCAGCAGCACAAAGGCCGAAGCCUCCGUAGAGAGAGCCAAAAGGGGGUCGGGCGGGCAUCAAAAGUCCACCAGAACCAGAAGGAGAGGUGGGUUGAAGACAGUCUGUCGCUGCUCAAACCUCCGCCUGCCUUCCCGGUGCAGGACAGCCCCGCCAAGCUGCAGCCGGCCGUCAGCUACGCCUCCAAGGUGAAGGCGAGAGCGGCCAUUGGGGGGCUGGAGGAGGAGGAACGCCCGGCCAUUGGGGUGCUGCUGCAGAACCAGUGGGGGCUCAGUUUCAUCAGCGAGGCCAGGCCGCCUGGAGAGAGCCGGAACGCCGCCUCCACAACCACAGACGCCCAACAACAGCCAGCAGAUCCACAGACGCUUCCGGAAGAAACUCCCGUCGCUACCGCUGUUCCCCCAAACACCAACACGCGCCCAGAGGAGGACGAGGGCAACGGGAAGCUGCUGCUCAGCUGUCGCCACCUAGUGGAAGCUUUGAACUAUCACAGUAGAGAAUGGAACGCUAUCUGUAACAAACAGAAAAAAGGUCUGAAAAAGGUCGUCUGGUACAAGGACCCCGAGGAGCACCCAGCCUAGCGGUGUGAGGGCCAACCCAAAGCAUAUAUACACACACACACACACACGUUAUCACAUGCACAUUUAAACGUAUAAAGAUGGACACAUUUACACAAUGCACUCAGGAUGAUGUCUUCACGCAAAGCCACACUGAGACACUUUGGACUAACUGUUGAGAGCUUACAGCAACGGACUUUUUUAACGCCUUCCAGAGACCUGCCUUAAAUAAUCAGAGCUGUUUUCACCCCCUCUCAUUACCAUUUUUAGCUUGUGCGUGCGUGUAGAGCUGGUGUUUUUUAAAAACAAUCUUUUUUCAGAAAGCCGUAACUUAAUUUCCCCCCCCCCCCCCCCCCCCCGUUUUUCCUUUGAGAGCUACCGUUUUAUCUCGUUGUUUUCUCCUCUGUAAAGCGAGUGGUCAAUCAAGCACUUUGUUAAAAAUCAAUUGUGACCAAUCCCCUGUGUGCCAGAAGCCCCCCGGCAGAGCGAUUAGUGCCCCCCCCCCCCCCCCCCCCCCCUCUCCGUCUCCUUUUUACAAACGGAAGGAUGUGUUGUACCUGCUUGAGUUCUCCGGUUGUUUACAGGGGGUGUAGUCAGAGCACAGCGGAGUUCACCCUUUACCCGUCGGAUCCUAAUGCUGUGUCCAUUUUUGUUUUUAUUUGGUUCCCUCGUCGGGUCGAUGUUACUCCUGAUCAUCACGGAUCUAACCAUGUUGUUGUUUUUCUUUUUGAAAAAAUAUAUUGAAUAAAAAAAAGAGAUACACUGGAGAAGGAGGAAUGUAAGUGAACAGUAUUGCUUAAUAAAAAUGAAUAAACUUGA